AUGGAAGUGCUAUUAUCAAAUCAUUCUCUCUCUGCUCAAGAAUGGAUUGUUGAUUGCGACGAUUGUGAUGUAGAUGAAGUAGACCCCAAAACUAUUGAUGAAGCUCUUGCAACCGAUGUUAGUCAAGCACCCCGAGAAAGUCCAAAAACGAGGGAACUUUUCGAUGAAGAUUUCGAGUCCGAGAGUGAGGAGCAAGUGUUAGAAGAAGACGAAUAUGAGUCGGAUAAGUUGUCGACUCCACUCGUCCUAUACACGCCUCCGAAGACGGGUUCCCCUGUUCGCUACUUCGUCGGUGAUCCCAUUGAUUUCUACUCACCGGCGCAACCUCGCCUUCACUCCGGUGCAACAAGGCAUCGACGACUUAGGUAA